AUGAUGACAGAUACAGCUGCACAACAAUUAAUAGAUACUAAUGGUCAACCAUUAGUGACACAACAAGAACGACAAGCUAUGGUUAAUAAAUUAUCAACACAUUGGACACAAGACUUAUCAACAAGAGUUGAAAAUAUGGCAUUUGAAAAAUCUGGUGGUCGUAAACCUCUUUAUCUUAAAGCUGUUCAAAAUUAUUAUCAGCACAUUCAAACUGCAUAUCAAAAUCGUUCUAAUCAACAACAACAACAGCAACAACAAACAUUACAAUCAUUAAAUAAUAAUAAUAAUAAUAGUGUACAAUAUUUAAAUCAACAAGUUAAUUCUUCUCAACAACAGCAACCAUCAAUAACUAUGAUUUCUCAACCACAAUUAGCUCAAAUGCUUAAUCAACAAAAUCGUUUUAAUCCUGUACAACCAUCUUUACCAUCUCGUAUGCCAAAUCCACAAACAAGUAUGAUGAAUACACAAUCACCUAUUCCGAAUCAAGGUCCACGAUUACGUGAACCACAAAAAUUCAAUCAAUCAACUCUUAAUUCAACAACAUAUACAGCAACACCACAUAAUUCAACAUCAUCUCCAUUGAUACCAACAAAUGAUUUAUCUUCAAAUUAUGCAACACCACAACAACAACAACAACAACAAUCACAAUUAACUAAUAUUAAUUUAAGUGAUUAUCUAUCUCAACAAAAUCGAUAUGUAAAUCCAAGAGCACGUACAGCAACGAAUUUAAAUGGAAAUUUUCCACAACAAACAUCAUCAAAUAAUUCCAAUGAUGUUCUACAUCAGUUUAUUGCUGGAAAUUCAUCAACAAAUUCAGUAACAUCAUCAUCAGCAUCAUCACCUAUAAAUACACCAAUGACAAAUACAUCAUCAACUGGCGAUCGUUUAUUACAAAGAAUUCUUACAUCAAAUCCUGAUGGAACAUCGAAUACAAUGUCAUUAACAAAUCGACAAUCAACUUUACAACAACCCACAUCAUCGAAUAUGCCUCAACCAAAUCGAUCAGUCAAUCCAACGAACAGUAACAAUCCUCUUCGACCAUCAUUGCUAUCUCAACAACCAUCACCUUCCUCGUCAGUUAUUCUCAUGCCAACAGUACCUCAAAUAUCAAAUGUUCAAAUUCAACCAUCGUCUAAUGUAACUAUUCAGCAAAGUUCAUUAAAUAAUAAUAAUAAUAAUAAUGUAAAUGGUUCAUUUGCAUCAAGAAUACAAGCAAUGCAACAGCUACCAUCAUCAGUAACAAUGAACAGCUCAACACCAUUACAAAAUAACUAUUCAUCACCUGUUGAUCGUUCAGCACCAUUAUCAGGAAGUGGUAGUAUUUCAAGUCCAGAUGAAGAAACAAUAAAUUUAAUAAAAUAUUUCAAAGAAAAUCUCGGUAAAUUACAAUUAUACUGUCAAAAAUAUACUAAUGAAGGUAAUCAGAAUAAAGCUCGUAAUCUUCAAUUACUUUAUGAACAAAUGGUUCAAUUUAUUAAUAAUCCAACAUAUGAAAGUUUACCAAAUGCAAAAAAUCUUCGUGAUUCACUUGAACGAGCAUCUAAUCGAUCACAACAACCAAAUGCGGUACCAGUAAAUGUACCUAUACCAAAUCCACCAACACAACAAAUCAAUGAUAUAAAUCAAUUUGAAAAAUCAUUAACCGAAUUUCUAUCACGUGAUCAAAAGAAACGUCUUUUUUUCAGUAAACUAUUUAUUGAACCAUUAAAUAAUGUUAUUAAUGGUAUUCCACAUAAAAAAGUUCGUCUUGAUAAUGAUUAUAAUAAUUCAAAUCGAAUAACCCAACAAAUAAUUCCAUCAAAUCAAUCAUCAUUAAUAUCUCAACUUAAUGAUGAAUUUAAUUUAUUACCAUCUAAUAUUUUUUCUAUAGAACUUUUACCGGUAUCACAUGUAGUCAAAACUAUUCAAUUAAAUGAUGAAUAUUUAAGUAGAAAAGGUUUAGUUUUGAGAUGUAAAUUAUUAGAACCAUUUAUUCCAAUUAUACAACCAUUACGAAUAAAAAUUUCAACACGUUAUCCCGAUGAACAACCGGAAAUAUUAUCAUUGACAAAAACAAUGCCACCAAAACUUGAAUUUACAGAUGGGCAUCCAUAUUUUGAACAAAUCUCAAUGUUAUUUAUUUCUUAUCUUUUUAAACUACCUCCCCAACAUACCGUGACUGAUAUUCUCAAUAUUUGGCGUCAAUCCGUCCAAGCUGCUUUAUAA